UGAUCAAAGAUUUUGGCCAAUAAGAAAGCCUCUUUUAUUUGGGUGUUUGCGAGUUCUCUUGACGUGAGAUAUCUCUCAAAAUGGUGAAUGUUCCAAAGAAUCGCCGCACUUACUGCAAGAAGUGCAAGAAGCACAUGAACCAUAAGGUUACCCAGUACAAGGCUGGCAAAGCUUCACUAUACACCCAAGGUAAGAGGCGUUAUGACAGGAAGCAGAUGGGAUAUGGUGGUCAGACCAAGCCUAUCUUCCGUAAGAAGGCCAAGACGACCAAGAAGAUUGUACUGAGGAUGGAGUGCAUGGAUUGUAAAUUCCGCAAACAGCUUCCAAUCAAGAGGUGUAAGCAUUUUGAAUUGGGAGGAGACAAGAAGAGGAAGGGACAAAUGAUCCAGUUUUAAAUGUGCAACAUCCAGAUUAUCAACCGGCCUUCUCGCGUUCAUCUCACCACAUACUUCCCUUCAACCUCGCAAUCGCUCUGGACCUGUCUACCUAUGGUUAUCACCGCCAUGAACCUUCUAUUCCAUCAUCGAUCAUUGUCAUCAGGGAAUUGAUGUCUUCAAAAGUAGAAGUGCGUUGACCCAUUGGAAAGGGGUCGACGCACUUCCAACUCCAAACAGAUGACCCAUCUGCUGGUUUUGAGGAUAUCCUGUGAAAGCCUGCCAUGUUCUCUAUUUGGAGAUUGUCUUCAUGGAGAAGCUCAGAAGCUCUUGAGGAAGUGGCUUUUCUGUCGGCUAUGGAUGAUAAUAGGUGGGCAGUGAAUAACUUUGAGAACUCUCACCAUAUUGAAUGCAGAUGAAAUCUCACUAAAUCUAUGACAUCUUGGAACAAUGAAUAAAUUUGCAGAUUAUUCGCCACAAAAGUA